CGUCUCAUUCACACGAGCGAGACCCCACGGUAACCCGGUGAGGUUGCCCAUACCGUAUUGAAUCAUAUAUGACUGGUCGCGGCAGUACCGUUUUAAAAAAUUUGUCCACUUUAUCGGGUCACACCAAACAGAGCGCAGAAAAAUAAAAAGGUGAAACGAAUAUCGAUUUCAAUUCCGCCACUCAACUCCGACACCAAAAAACCAUUCCAACGAAGAAGAGAGUUAGUUAGUUCUGAGUGAGUGGUUCCUCUCAAGAAGCGUCCAGCGUAGUAACGCUGAGGACCUUCACUCUCAAGUUUUCAACCGUUUGUUUUCUAUAUAAUAUCCCUAACCGCCGUGGAUGGGACAAUCUGUUUCCUCCGCCGCCGUCGCAAGCCGUCGUGAGAGGGAUCCAGGCCACCUCUCCGUCAACACCUCCAAGACCAGAUCCACCGCCUUGAUUACGCCGAUGGCCGGUUAUUCCUCCGGCGCCGGCGAAGACGAAAGCGAAAACCGUCGUGGCGAGGCCGUUACUGAUGAAACCACCGACUACAUCUCCGAUCUCCCUAACGAGUGCCUGGCUUCGGUGUUUCAGUUUCUUAGCUCCGCCGAUCGGAACCGCUGCUCGCUCGUUUGCCGGCGGUGGCUCCAGAUCGAAGGACAGAGUCGUCACAGGCUUUCUCUGAACGCGGAUGAGGAUCUGUUUCCAGCGAUUCCGUCGCUGUUCUCUCGGUUCGAUUCGGUGACGAAGCUCGCGUUGAAGUGCGACCGCAGAUCCGUGAGCAUAAGCGACGACGCGCUCGUGCUGAUCUCGCAGCGGUGCCCUAACCUCACGCGCCUCAAGCUCCGCGCGUGCCGCGCCCUCACCGACGCUGGAAUGGAAGCGUUCGCGAAGAACUGCAAGGGAUUGAAGAAGCUCUCCUGCGGAUCGUGCACGUUCGGAUCCAAAGGCAUGAACGCGGUGCUCGACAACUGCGCCGCGCUGGAGGAGCUCUCAGUCAAGCGCCUCCGCGGAAUCACCGACGCGGCGGCGGCGGAGCCGAUCGGUCCCGGCGUGGCUGCGGCGUCGCUGAAAAUCGUUUGCCUGAAGGAGCUCUACAACGGACAGUGUUUCGGAACGCUGAUUCUCGGGGCUAAGAAUCUGAAAACCUUGAAGCUUUUCCGGUGCUCCGGGGAUUGGGACCGGCUCUUUCAGUUAAUGGCAGAUCGAGUCACGAACAUGGUCGAAGUUCACCUCGAGAGGCUUCAGAUUAGCGACGUUGGAUUGCAAGCGAUCGCGAAUUUUUCGAGUUUGGAGAUUUUGCAUCUCGUUAAGACUCCUGAAUGUUCUGAUAUUGGACUUGUUGCUAUUGCAGACAGGUGCAAGCUUUUGCGGAAGCUUCACAUUGAUGGAUGGAAGGCAAAUCGAAUUGGCGACGAAGGGUUGAUAGCUGUUGCAAAAGGUUGCCCUAAUUUGCUUGAAUUAGUGCUAAUUGGGGUAAACCCUACUAAGGCGAGUUUGGAAAUGUUGGCAUCUAAUUGCCGGAAUCUUGAGCGGUUGGCUUUGUGUGGAAGUGAUUCGGUUGGUGAUACUGAGAUAUCUUGCAUUGCUGCAAAGUGUGUGGCUUUGAAGAAACUGUGUAUUAAGAGUUGUCCUGUUUCGGAUCAAGGGAUGGAGGCAUUGGCAAAUGGGUGUCCGAAUUUGGUGAAAGUUAAGGUUAAGAAGUGUAAGGGGGUUACCCCUGAGGGUGGUGAUUGGUUGAGGAGGACUAGAGGGUCAGUUGCUGUUAAUUUAGAUACUGGUGAGGCAGAGCUUCAGGAAGCGAGUGCUAGUGAUGGAGGGGCACAGGACAAUGUUGUAGAGUUUCCUCAGAUGCCUGCCCAAAUCGUGGCCGCAGCAGCAUCUGCAUCAAGCAGCACCACUCGGUCUAGUUCGUUCAAGUUGAGAUUAGGGCUUUUGUCUGGGAGGAGUUUAGUGGCUAGCACUUUUAAGAGAUGGUCAGGUGGUAGCACUAGUGCACGCCAUGGUUAGGGAUAGCAGGGCCAAAGCAAACCUGAGUCUUUGGCCAUUUUUCAUUGUUUUGGGUUGUUGUAUCAUUUGAUUUUUAUAUUUCUUGUACUUAAAUUUGAAAUUUAUGCCGUGUGAUUUUUAUUGCCUUUGGAAUUGAAGCUUCACGGUUGCAAGUGACAAUCACAUUUUUUUUC